CUGCUAAUGUGGGUCGGUUGAACAAAAUGGCAACGUAUGGUGACGAGCCAGUCGACAGCUAUUUCUAUUCAUCUUACAACCCGUACACGGGCAGAUACCCCCGGCCUAAAGACGCGGGGUGGAAAUAUAAAAGUUACCUCUCCCACUAUGGAGACACUUCGGACGCCUUCAACAACCACCAGCGCGCCCAGCUGAAGUCCAUCUUGUCCCAAAUCAAUCCGAAACUCACCCCGAGGCUCAGGAAGGCGAACACCAAAGAUGUAGCGGUGCAGGUAAACCCUAAGAGAGACGCCUCGGUGCAGUGCUCCAUCGGCCCGCGGACCCUGUUGGCCAUGAAGCGGGACUUCCGGCGCAGGAGAAGGCCGGAGCCCGCAGCUCCCGGCAGCCCGCAGGGUGCGGGAGAGGUGCGGUACCCUCGCACCCUCGCCGUGUAUUCACCCAUUGCCUACAGAAGCGUUACCUCCUUCCUGGUCGACGAAAACAACAACAAUAAAGAAGUUUCCUGCAGUGAGGCGCAGACUGGAGAGCCGCGAGGUGACCCGCCCGAGUCCGCGGGGAAAAGCGACGAGAAGGGUAAAGAGAAGCAGGCGGGUGAGGGUGGAAAGACCGCAAAGCUCCCAGACCAGCGCAAAAUGCCCAAGACCAAACAGAAAGUGAAGAGCGAGGAUGUGCAGCCAAAUACAGAUGGGUUAAUGGACAAGGCGCGUGUGCGGUUCCAGUUUCUGGAACAGAAGUAUGGAUAUUAUCACUGCAGAGAAUGCAAUCUGCGAUGGGAGAGUGCCUAUGUUUGGUGUGUUCAGGGUACCAACAAGGUUUACUUCAAACAGUACUGUCGAAAAUGCCAAAAGGACUUCAACCCUUACCGUGUUGAGGACAUCACAUGUCAUAAUUGCAACAAAGCACGCUGUGUCUGUUCAAUAACACAACGCCACGUUGACCCCAAACGGCCCCACAGACAGGACUUGUGCGGCAGAUGCAAAGGCAAGAGGCUCUCCUGUGAAAGCGCUUUCAGCUUCAAAUACAUCAUCUAGGAAGCAUCUGGAGCUGAACUCUGCCCUGCAACAUCACUACAUGUCCUGUGGGAGACAUCUGCCGAUGCAAUAAUGGCAUUUUGGAUGCGAAACAUAAAUUUGACUUUAUUUCAUGCCUGUUUUGUGUUGAUGGAAUUAAUGGUAAGCACCACACCAUUUACAGUGUAAUAAAUGGCUACCUUGCACUCUG